AAAUUCCGGAAGGAAGCCUACUUUCGGUUUGCGUCAGAUCUGAGGUCGAAAAAGGGACGUCCGCUUACGCAAUAGCAGACGUCUUUGAAUGACUGAAAACAUGGCCUCCGUGGAUACAACUGAAAACAUGGCCUCCGUGAAUACAACAGACUCAAGAAUAAACAAAAGCACAAGGACUAAGCCCUUAUGUACCAAUGGUGUUUACAAAAAUCCCUGGAAGACAUGGAAAGAUCCUGAUUUUGUACUUAAAUUUAUGUAUAAAAUGUUAAUAGCUGAGAAAGACUGCAGUAAUAUUCCAUGUAAAACACAAGAACUGGACAAACAUUUACCAGUCCUAACGCCUGAGUUUGACCAGUUAGAGAAUCCACCUAAUUCAGGUGUCCAGGCCACAUGGAUAGGCCACGCUAGUGUACUGGUCCAACUGGAUGGUAUCACCGUACUGACCGAUCCAAUCUUCAGUGACCGAUGCUCCAUGGUUCAGUGGCUAGGACCAAAGCGAUACCGCCCUCCCCCCUGCAAGGUUGAUGAUUUGACAGUUCUGGAUGCUGUGGUGAUAAGCCACAACCACUAUGACCAUCUUGACCACGGAUCUGUGGUCAGUCUGAACAGAAAGUUUGGGGACAAGUUGUGGUGGUAUGUUCCCAUUGGAACAAGGCAGUGGAUGCUUAAUACCGGGUGUAAAAACGUUGUGGAACUGUCAUGGUGGGAGGAACACCAACAUUCUCCUAACCCAAACAUAAUGUUUGCUCUGACCCCAGCACAGCACUGGUGUAAACGGACGGCUACAGACACUAAUAAGGUAAGUAGGUGUCAGUUUGGUGUGACAGCUACAGACACUAAUAAGGUAAGUAGGUGUCAGUUUGGUGUGACAGCUACAGACACUAAUAAGGUAAGUAGGUGUCAGUUUGGUGUGACAGCUACAGACACUAAUAAGGUAAGUAGGUGUCAGUUUGGUGUGACAGCUACAGACACUAAUAAGGUAAGUAGGUGUCAGUUUGGUGUGACAGCUACAGACACUAAUAAGGUAAGUAGGUGUCAGUUUGGUGUGACAGCUACAGACACUAAUAAGGUAAGUAGGUGUCAGUUUGGUGUGACAGCUACAGACACUAAUAAGGUAAGUAGGUGUCAGUUUGGUGUGACAGCUACAGACACUAAUAAGGUAAGUAGGUGUCAGUUUGGUGUGACAGCUACAGACACUAAUAAGGUAAGUAGGUGUCAGUUUGGUGUGACAGCUACAGACACUAAUAAGGUAAGUAGGUGUCAGUUUGGUGUGACAGCUACAGACACUAAUAAGGUAAGUAGGUGUCAGUUUGGUGUGACAGCUACAGACACUAAUAAGGUAAGUAGGUGUCAGUUUGGUGUGACAGCUACAGACACUAAUAAGGCUCUGUGGGGAAGCUGGGUCGUUAAAGGACCUAAACACAGCUUCUUCUUCGCUGGUGACACAGCAUACUGUGAAGGCUUCAAAGAAAUAGGGGAGGAGUACGGGCCAUUUGAUCUGUCUGCAAUACCUAUUGGUGCAUACGCACCACGGUCAGUGAUGGCAGCCCAGCACGUGGAUCCAGCAGAGGCUGUACAAAUCCACACAGAUGUCAAGUCAAGGAACUCCUUAGGGAUCCACUGGGGAACCUUCAAACUUACAUAUGAGUUUUAUCUGGAACCACAGACUAGGCUGCCUGAAGAACUGAGGAAAGCUGACUUGUCUGAGGACUGUUUUGUAACUUUAAAACAUGGAGAAACCAGAAUAUUUGGGGAAUAACUUAUUAAUAAUAAUAGUAAUGAAAUCUCACCGUUUAAACUUGCUUCCUUGUUGUACGUUUCAUUGUUACAUUUUGAUAAACUAUGUGAUCUAUGUAUCAAUGCUCGUCCGUAGUGUCAGCCUCAGGGACAAUGUUUUGUUUUAAAUGCUGUGAUAAUAAACAUAGAAAGCUACCAUGUCAUUAUUGAUUCAUAGAUUAUUAUACCUGCUGACGGUUUAAACAAUGCUGUUGUUUUUCUAUAUCCAUGCUUCGACCAAAGUCUGGGGUAUAUAGUAUUCACCCUGUCUCGCCUGUCCGUGCUGACCGAGGUUUCUGGAGCAUAUCUCAGCCAUGAUUGGGCAUCUAACUUCGUUUAUAGAUACGUCAUUUGAAGGCUGUAUGUUACAUCCUAAAAUGAGGUGACUGUGACCUCAAUUUGACAUUUGUCCUUGACCUCAAGUUCUUAAAUAAUGGUUUUCAGAGCAUUUGUCAGCUGCUUUUUAAUGAAUGAGCAUCACACUUUGUAUGUAGAUACAUCAUGGGGAUGUGGUGUGUAACACCUGAAAACGAGGUCACGGUGACCUCAAUUUAACAUUUUUCCUUGUCCUCAAGUGCUUAAAUAAUGGUGCAUAUCUCAGCCACUGUUUCAUGAAUGAUAGGUACAACAUGGAAAGGCUGUGUGUUGCACCCUGGAACGAGGACACUGCGACUUCUUUGACCUUGACUUAAGUACUCUAACACAGUGUAAUACAGGUUUCUGCAGCAAAGCUCAGCCGCUGUUUCAUGAAUAGAUUUUGAACAUUGUAGAUAUUUGGGGAGGGGGGUUUCCAUGAAGUCCAAUCAUGGAGUUAAUUUAAUCUAGUUUUUAUUACUUUUACACCAUAUCGCUAACAUCCAUUUGGACUGGAACACGUUUUAGUUUGAUAUGUUUUCAUUUGUUAGACAUACCAAAUCAAUUUUUAAAACUGUUUGAAGCAUUAUUGAUUUUUUUAUGCUAGUGACAUUACUGUACAAUGUAUGAAUUUGGUGUUUGAUUCAUUCGACGGAUGGAUGGACAAUAUGUUUUAUGUAAAAAAAUGAUUGCAUUUAAGAAUCAAAUUAUAUUCACUUACAUACAUAGUAACAACAUAUACUGUAAAAGGGAUUUUUUUGCUGAUUUCAUAAUUUGGCAGUUCUGGUAUUCUGUGAAAAAUACACUCAACAAAUUUAAUGGCAAAUCAAAUCCAUCCCUACCCUAAUAUACCACUAGACCAGAAAUCUUUGAAAUAUUGAUCCCCCAAAGUAGACAAUUUUAGCAAAUCAGCGAAAUUUAACCCUUUCACCCCUAGGUAACUUUAGUAGACUACCAUUCAUUGAUCUGGAUGAGUCCAUUAUGGUCUACAGUGUUGAAUGGAUUAAAGACUGAACUUUUUUUUUUCGCUUUUGUUAAUGUUAGAACACUGUGUUGUUUAUUGUCAAAACAACAUUUGUCCAAUAUUUCAUAUUUUGGUCAAACCAAUUUUCAAGAUGUGAUUUGGCUAAAUGGUUAACACCAGCCUUCUCAUAGUUGGCAAGGAUUCUGUCCCCAAUGUCUUCAUUGUAUGAAAUGUUUUCAAAGGAAGCAUUUUAAUUUUUAUUUCGCCCACACAAUUCCAGUACCCCAAGUGGAACAUAAAAUGAUCUGAGGUGUGUGCUAGUGUCUUUAAAUGAGGUGAAACUAUGGGAAAAAAAUGCUUUUAAAAGCAUGGUCCCAUCACAAAACAAAACACCGUCCAAUACACCUCUAGCACAACAACAGACACACACACA